GUUCCCGUUUUCUCUCUUUCCCUUGCUAUAUAUAUUUCUUCUCCUUUUUAUCUCACAACCGAAAAAAUAUAUGUGCUUUGGGGGAGACAGAGAUAGAGAUAGAGGGAGAGAGGGAGUGGUUAAUGGUUGAUUCUUCUUCUUCCUCAACAAGAAAAAAACAACAACCAUGGCUGCUUCUACUUCUCCUUGUCCAAGUAUGAAUGACAAGAAGCACUGGUGGCUAAGCAACCGGAAGAUUGUGGACAAGUACAUUAAAGAUGCAAGAAACCUGAUUGCAAGCCAAGAACAGAGCGAGAUUGCGUCGGCUCUUAAGCUUCUAGACGCGGCACUUGCACUCUCUCCUCGCCUAGAAGUAGCUCUUGAACUCAAAGCAAGAUCUUUGCUCUAUCUUAGGCGAUUCAAGGAGGUGGCUGAUAUGCUUCAAGACUACAUUCCUAGCCUUAAAAUGGCAAACGACGAUUCGGGAUCUAUUUCUUCUUCUGAUAGUUCUUCUCAGCAGCUUUCAAGAGAGCGAGUUAAGCUGCUGCCUUCAGAUAACUCUGAUCCAAGUUUCAAGUGUUUCUCUGUCUCCGACUUGAAGAAGAAAGUGAUGGCCGGACUCUGUAAAAAUUGCGAUAAAGAAGGGCAAUGGAGGUAUCUGGUUUUAGGCCAAGCUUGCUGCCAUCUAGGCCUAAUGGAAGAUGCCAUGGUGCUUCUCCAGACCGGAAAACGCCUGACAACUGCUGCAUUCCGCCGUCAAAGCAUUUCCUGGUCAGAGGACAGCUUCUCUCUCUCAAACUUCCCAAUCUCCAGCGAUAUAUCCACAUCGACAGCCCCACCUACCCCACCGAGAAAUUUAACCGAAUCUGAAAGCGUUACGCAACUCCUUGCCCACAUUAAGCUACUGCUUCGACGCCGAACAGCCGCGCUGGCGGCCCUGGAUGCUGGCCUCUAUUCCGAGGCCAUCCGCCACUUCACUAAGAUCUUGGAGGGCCGACGAGGGGCCCCACAGGGAUUCCUUGCUGAAUGCUAUAUGCAUAGAGCUUAUGCAUACAAAGCAUCAGGGAGAAUUGCAGAGUCCAUUGCUGAUUGCAACAAGACUUUAGCUUUAGAACCUGCCUGCAUUCAGGCGCUUGAUACAAGAGCUUCUCUUCUGGAAACAAUCCGGUGCUUGCCCGAUUGUUUACAUGAUCUGGAGCACUUGAAACUACUGUAUAAUUCAAUCUUGAGGGAUAGGAAGCUACCAGGUCCUGCUUGGAAGCGGCACCAGGUCAGGUACAGAGAGAUUCCUGGGAAACUCUGUGCAUUGACUACCAAGAUUCAAGAACUGAAGAAGAGAGUUGCUUCUGGGGAGACUAGAAAUGUUGAUUACUAUGCUUUGAUUGGAUUGAGGCGUGGGUGUUCGAGAUCCGAAUUAGAGAGAGCUCAUCUGUUAUUGAGCUUGAGGCACAAGCCUGAUAAGUCUAUAAAUUUCGUUGAGAGGUGUGAGUUUGCAAAUGAUAUGGAUCUUGAAUCGGUAAAAGACCGAGCAAAAAUGUCUGCUUUGUUGCUCUAUAGAUUGCUUCAAAAGGGUUAUUCUAACGUCAUGUCAACAAUCAUGGAUGAAGAGGCUGCAGAGAAGCAAAGAAAGAAGGCAUCAGCUGCUGCUUUGCAAGCAGCUCAAGCAGCAGCAAUUCAAACCCAACAGACAACUCAAAAUGCCAAAAUGGAAUCGAACCCAUCUGCAGUGGAGAUUUCUGGUCCCAACAGGAUCAAUUCCAAUGAAAAUAAAGUGGCAUCUGCAUCUUCAGGGAGCAACACUGCAUCUGUCUUUCAAGGGGUGUUUUGCCGCGACCUUGCUGCGGUUGGGAAUUUGCUAUCACAAGCUGGGUUUAACCGUCCACUUGCUGUGAAAUUCGAAGCAUUAAGCUGCUAAAUGAUAAACAAGUUUCUUGAGAUGUCACCGGCAGUGGAAUCUCUGGUUCAUUUUGUAUAAACACAUAUAAAUUUAGUCUGCCGGGAAAUUUUGUUACCUUUUCCAUUUCUUUCUUACCAUCUACUCUACUUGUACAGAAUUUCAGUACCGAAUUAUCUAUUUAUGGGUCUACGCUUUAUUGCUUAGUUUAAAUUUGGAAUUUUAUUAGUACAUUCUCAUCCUA